AUGCAUCGACUGCUUGGCUUGACUCAACGCUUGGAGACCACCGGUCCAAUACAAAAAACUUGGGAAGACUUGCCGUUUGAGUUUAAGGUUAUGGUGAAAGAUCAUUUGGAUGUGGAUUCAAGAACCGCUCUCCGCUGCUGCUCCAAAUCCGAUCGCGACGUGGUUGACAGCGGUUCCGUUGCACUAGUUCGACUGGAAAUCCGAUCAGAACUCAAGCAAUUCUUGAAACAUACUCAAUUCGAAUGCGCAACAACGAAGAAAAGAGAAACGGCAGCUAGACGAUAUGCCACUUCGAUUGCAUAG